AGCGUCAGGCUGCAGGGCACGGAGGGUUUUUAAACUUGUGGUGACCAAUGAGAGGACGAGGCUGUCGCGCCGCGGCCAAUCGGGGAGGCGCAAGGCGGGACACGUGACCGGCGAGAGGCGUCGGCGGUUUGGAUUUGAAUUGCGGGAGGGAGAAGCUGCGGAGGAGAGCUCGGUGAUCAGCAGAAUGUCUCUCAAGGAGAACGUCAACCCCUUCUACAAGUUCACAACUCCAUCCAGUGCGUCGGCGGCGCAGAGGGUGGUGAGGAAAGAGCAGUUCCAAUCGGCCACCAGCUCCGCCAGCGGAGGAGUGAUGGCCGGCCGGGUGCCAGUGACUGAGAAUCAGCCUGAGAGUCAGCUUGACAAACCGACAGAGAGCCAGAAAAAGUUCAUUCUGAGCGACUUCCAGAUUGGCCGUCCUCUGGGUAAAGGCAAGUUUGGCAACGUCUACCUGGCCCGUCACAAGGAGACCAAGUACAUCCUGGCCCUGAAGGUCCUUUUCAAGUCCCAGCUGGAAAAGGAAGGGGUGGAACAUCAGCUGAGGAGAGAAAUCGAGAUCCAGUCUCAUCUCAGGCAUCCGAACAUCCUCCGCUUACUGAACUAUUUUCAUGACCGCAAACGUAUCUACCUAAUGCUGGAGUUCGCUGCGCGGGGAGAGCUGUACAAGGAGUUGCAGAAAUGCGGUCGCUUCGAUGAGCAGAGGAGCGCCACGUGUAUAGAGGAGCUGGCAGAUGCUCUCCUAUACUGCCAUGAGAGAAAGGUUAUCCAUAGGGACAUCAAACCGGAGAAUCUUCUGGUGGGGUACAAGGGAGAGCUGAAGAUUGCUGACUUUGGCUGGUCGGUUCAUGCCCCCUCACUCAGGCGACGCACCAUGUGUGGCACACUGGACUAUCUGCCGCCAGAGAUGGUGGAGGGGAAGACCCACGACGAGAAGGUGGACUUGUGGUGCGCCGGGGUUCUCUGCUAUGAGCUCCUGGUCGGGUCGCCGCCUUUCGAGAGCCCAACCCACACAGAGACCCACCGCAGAAUAAUCAAGAUUGACCUUCGGUUUCCUUCCUACCUAUCUGAAGGAUCCAAAGACCUCAUCAGCAAGCUCUUAAAAUACAACCCAUUACACCGCCUGCCACUCAAAGCGGUCAUGGAGCACCCGUGGGUGCGUGCCAACUCUCGUCGGAUCAUGCCCCCAAGCUUUGAUUCCGUUGGGGCCCACUAGCCCCCUGUCUGUGAUAUGUACGUUCUCAUACCUGUAACCUGGUCACAUGACACAGCUCCGCUUCUGACUUCCAUCAGAUGUAUAUACUGUUGAAUGGAGCGCUCUGAUUGGUUAUAGGGUGUGCCGCACAUAUUGCGUGUAUAUGAUUUGUGGGAACACGGGGCCAUCUAUUCAUGUUUAUAGGGAAAGGAUGGUGUGCUGUAAAAUACUCUGGAUAUUUAUAUAUUGGGAGCGCAAGUGUUUUCUAUUUUCAGUGAAUGAGCAGAAUGAUUGCUGGGACAAGUCUAUACCAACAUGCCUUAAUGCAGGGGUCUCAAACUGGCGGCCCUCCAGCUGUUGUGGAACUACAAGUCCCAUGAGGCAUUGCAAAAGCUGACAGUUAAGGCAGAGAAAUAAUGGGACUUGUAGUUCCGCAACUGUCAGCUUUUGCAAUGCCUCAUGGGACUUGUAGUUCCACAACAGCUGGAGGGCCACCAGUUUGAGACUUCUGCCUAAUGGCUUGUGACUGCUGCAGAACUACAUAUCCCAGCAAGCCCUGGUGGCAUCUGGCUGUUAACAGACUGGGAUCAGUUGUUCUCCAGCUCAAGGGGUGGAGAAGGCUAAAGACCUUUUUACGUGCAAAGCCAACUGAAUUAUUAUUUUUCCGACUUGUGAAUUUUUCAAGCUUAAAUCUCCUCCUCCUUUUUAUGUAUCUUUUUAAUGGGUUUUGUCUUUAUUGUAGUGUUCUGGGGGCACAGUGUAUUAACUUUUUACUGUCGCGUGUAAUGUUUUUUUGUUUUGUAAAUAAAAUCAUAUGUUUUUCUAAAUAAA